AUGCGUUUGAAAUUGAAAAUGUUGAUGAUGAUGGUGUGUUUGGUGUGGGUGGAGGUUGUUGUUUGUGGUGAUGAACAUGAAAUUCAAUGCAUUCAAAGGGAGAGGGAAGCUCUUCUCCAAUUCAAGGCUGCCCUUUUUGAUGACUAUGGCAUGCUCUCCUCUUGGACCACUCCUCACUGCUGCCAAUGGAAGGGCAUCCGCUGCAGCAACCUCACUCGCCAUGUCCUCAUGCUCGACCUUCACUCUGACUUUCAUUAUGUCAGCGGAGAGAUCCACAAGUCGUUGAUGGAGUUGCAACAAUUAAACUAUUUGAACCUCAGUCUCAAUUCUUUUUACAACACACAUAUUCCAGAGUUUCUUGGCUCUCUCACCAACUUGAUAUCCCUUGACCUGUCAUCAUGUCGUUUUGGCGGAAAAAUUCCAACUCACUUUGGCUCUCUUUCUCAUUUGAAAUACUUAAAUCUUGCUUGGAAUUCUCUAGAGGGUUCAAUCCCUCCUCAACUUGGAAAUCUCUCCCAGUUGCAACAUCUUGAUCUCUACGUCAAUUAUUUUGAAGGAAAGAUACCAUCCCAACUCGGAAAUCUCUCCAAGUUGCAGUAUCUUGAUCUCAGCUACCAUUUUUUUGAAGGAAAUAUACCAUCUCAGCUUGGGAACCUUUCAAACUUACAAGAGCUUUAUCUUGGAGGAUUUCCUAAUGAUGAUCUCAAAAUUGAUGAUGGAGGUCAGUGGUUGUCUAAUCUCAUUUCUCUAACCCAUCUUUACUUGUGGUCCAUACCUAAUCUUAACACUUCUCACAGCUACCUCCAAAUGAUUGCCAAGCUACCAAAACUAAGACAACUAAGUUUAAGGGGUUGUAGCCUUUCCGAUCAUUUUAUUCUUUCAUUGAGGCCUUCUACAUUCAAUUUUUCUACUUCCCUUUCCCUCCUUGAUCUAUCCUUGAACACCUUCACGUCACCGAUGAUAUUCCAGUGGGUGUCAAACACCACUUCCAACCUUGUUGAGCUUCAUCUUAGCGAUAAUCUCUUGAAGGUUUCCACAUCCAAUCAUUUUGGGAUGGUCAAGAUGAAUUCGCUUGAGCACCUUGACCUCUCUUAUAAUAGAUUGAAGGGUGGGAUUUUGAAAUCCUUCAUGAAUAUCUGCACCUUACAUUCUUUAUACAUGAAUGCAAAUAAUUUGACUGAAGACCUUCCAUCAAUUCUUCAUAAUUUGUCUGGUGGUUGUGUUAGACACUCAUUACAAGAAUUGAAUUUUGGAUACAAUCAAAUUAUUGGCUCUUUACCCGACCUUUCAGUAUUUUCAUCUUUAAAAAUAUUGGAUCUUUCUGAAAAUCAGUUGAGUGGAAAGAUUCCCGAAGGUAGCAAAUUGCCAUCUCAAAUGCAAUCUUUAUUCAUUAGCUCAAACUCUUUAGAAGGUGGAGUUCCAAAAUCAUUUGGCAAUGCAUGUGCUUUGCACUUAUUGGUCAUGUCUAACAAUAGCUUGGAUGAAGAGUUUCCCAAGAUAAUCCAUCACCUAUCUGGAUGUGCUAGAUAUUCAUUGGAAUAUUUAUAUCUAGGCAUGAAUCAAAUCAAUGGGACACUACCUGACCUCUCAAUAUUCUCAUCUUUAAAAGGAUUAUAUCUUUAUGGAAACAAGUUAAAUGGAGACAUUCCUAAAGAUAUUCAAUUUCCACCUCAGCUAGAGAGUCUGAAUAUGCAUUCAAAUUCCUUAAAAGGUGUGCUCACUGAAUACCAUUUCACUAAUUUGUCUAAGUUAAAAGAGUUGAAGUUGUCAAAGAACUCAUUAUUGGCCUUGACAUUCAAACAAAAUUGGGUUCCACCUUUUCAGUUGAGCUACAUAGGAUUGCAAUCUUGCAUGCUAGGUCCAACAUUUCCCAAAUGGUUGAAAACACAAAAUCAUUUCAAUGAUCUUGACAUUUCAAAUGCUUCAAUAUCAGAUAUGGUUCCAAAGUGGUUUUGGGCUAAAAUAACAUUGCAGGAAUGGAUUUCAAUGAAUAUUUCGUACAACAAUCUCUCUGGUAUAAUUCCAAAUUUUCCACAAAAGAAUCCUUCUUAUUCCCUAACUCUUGGAUCAAAUCAAUUUGAAGGCCCAAUACCACCAUUUCUACGAUUUGCUAUGUUUCUUGAUUUAUCCAAAAACAAAUUCUCAAAUUCUUUUUCAUUUUUAUGUGCCAAUGGUACAGUUGAAACCUUAUACCAUUUAGACCUUUCAAAUAAUCAAUUAUCCGGGCAAAUUCCAAAUUGUUGGAAUCAUUUCAAGUCAUUAUCUUAUUUAGAUCUAAGUCAUAAUAAUUUUUCAGGAAAGAUUCCUACUUCCAUGGGAUCUCUUUUUGAUCUUCAAGUAUUGCUUUUGAGAAACAACAACUUAAUAAAUGAGAUCCCUUUCUCUUUGGGAAAUUGCACAAAGCUAGUAAUGCUUGAUAUGGCAAAAAACAAGUUAUCAGGCCAUAUCCCUGCUUGGAUUGGGAGGAAAUUACAAGAAUUGCAAAUUUUAAGUUUGGGGAAGAAUCAUUUCUAUGGAAGUUUACCAUUAGAGAUCUGUUAUCUAAGAAGCAUUCAACUAUUGGAUCUCUCUCAAAAUAACUUAUUUGGGCAAAUUCCCUCAUGCAUAAAAAAUUUUACUUCAAUGGCUCAAAAUACAUUUUUAAGGGAUUCUGGAUAUCAUCGGUAUUUUGUCAACACGGAUAUUAUGGAAGGCGAACAACCAUACGAUUUGAAUGCAUUCUUGAUGUGGAAAGGUUCAGAACAAAUGUUCAAGAAUACUGAACUAUCACUUUUAAAAAGUAUUGAUCUCUCAAGCAAUCACUUUUCAGAAGAAAUUCCUAUCGAAAUAGAGAAUUUAUUUGGAUUGAUUUCAUUGAAUUUAUCAAGAAACAACUUGACAGGAAAAAUUCCUUCAAAUAUUGGCAAGCUAUCAUCACUUGAAUUUCUUGAUUUGUCAAGAAACCAAUUUGUUGAUUCAAUUCCUCAGAGUCUUACUCAAAUUGAUCGACUCGCCAUGUUAGAUUUGUCACACAACCAUCUAACUGGAGAAAUUCCAACUGGCACACAACUACAAAGUUUCCCUGCCUCGAGUUUUGAAGAUAAUCUUGAUCUUUGUGGGCCACCACUGGAGAAAUCGUGUAUUGAUCAUGGGGAGCACGUAAAAGGGCCAAAAGUUGAAAUUGAUGAGAAUGAAAAUUCACUUUUAAGUCAUGAAUUUUACAUAAGUAUGACAUUUGGAUUUGUUAUAAGCUUUUGGAUGGUGUUGGGCUCAAUAUUAUUCAAGCGUUCUUGGUCACAUGCCUAUUUUAAAUUCUCUCAUGUACGGAGGUGACUAUAGCUUAACAGCAUCUUGAAGACCCAUCCUUUUGCAAAUCAUUUGAGCAAAACAAGUUAUCUACAGAAAAUAAGCUGGAAUUUAUGGUUGUUUUAUAUUGUUCACCGGCAAGAGGGACAUAUCCUUAGGUUUUAUAUUUAUGAUUUCAUUGUUGGAAGCGUUUGUACUUGUAUAACUUUGGUUAUAGUUAUUUCAUAUUAUUAGUGUUGUGCUUGUGAUGAAAUAUAAAUUACCAAAUAUU